AUGGCUCUCGAUGGUGCAAUGGUUGGACGAAAGUCCUUCAAGGUCUUCAACCAGGACUUCGUCGUCGAUGAACGUUACGUAGUCACGAAGGAGCUCGGACAGGGAGCCUACGGUAUUGUCUGCGCCGCGACCAAUACAGCCAAUGGAGAGGGUGUUGCCAUCAAGAAAGUCACCAACGUGUUCUCCAAGAAGAUUCUUGCGAAGCGAGCUCUGCGUGAGCUGAAGCUAUUGCAGCAUUUCAGAGGGCAUCGUAAUAUAACAUGUCUGUUCGACAUGGAUAUUCCCAAGCCUGACAACUUCAAUGAGGUUUAUCUUUACGAGGAGCUCAUGGAGUGUGAUUUGGCCGCUAUUAUCCGAAGUGGCCAGCCCUUGACGGAUGCCCAUUUCCAGUCGUUCAUCUACCAGAUCUUGUGCGGUCUGAAAUAUAUCCAUUCGGCGAAUGUUCUCCACCGAGAUUUGAAACCUGGCAAUCUGCUCGUGAAUGCCGACUGCGAGCUCAAGAUUUGCGAUUUCGGUCUCGCCAGAGGAUUCUCGGUUGACCCGGAGGAGAAUGCGGGGUACAUGACUGAGUACGUCGCUACAAGAUGGUACAGAGCUCCUGAGAUUAUGUUGAGCUUCUUGAGUUACACCAAAGCCAUUGACGUCUGGUCAGUCGGCUGUAUCUUGGCCGAACUCCUCGGUGGCCGGCCAUUCUUCAAGGGUCGCGACUACGUCGACCAAUUGAACCAAAUCCUCCACUACCUCGGCACGCCGAACGAAGAGACUCUCUCCCGAAUCGGCUCCCCGCGAGCACAGGACUACGUGCGCAAUCUCCCGUUCAUGCCCAAGGUCCCCUUCAACCGUCUCUUCCCCAACGCAAACGCGGACGCCCUGGACCUGUUGGACCAGAUGCUCGCGUUCGACCCCAGCUCGCGCGUCUCGGUCGAGAAAGCGCUCGACCACCGCUACCUGGGAAUCUGGCACGACGCCUCGGACGAGCCCGCGUGCCCGACUACCUUCGACUUCUCGUUCGAAGUCGUCGAGGAGGUCCCGCAGAUGCGGCAGAUGAUCCUGCAGGAGGUGAUCAAAUUCCGCCACGAGGUCCGCCGGCAGCCCCUGCCGACCAACCUCGUCGACCCCAAUAUCCGGAAGGACUCCGUCGGCAUCCCGGAUCAUCAGUGGUCCAAGCAGCAGAGGGAUGAUGCCCCGCGCCCGCAUGAGGCGCAUUCGCAGAGCGGCGAACUCGAGGAUGUGCUCGCUGGUGGGCUGGAUGCUAUGCACCAUUAA